AAAGUUAAAGGGACAUACCAACGAAAAAUAAAAGCAGUAAAUUAAUAGAGAUGCUCAAAAGUGUGACCAAAGUUUCAAAAAACGAUUUUAUCAAGCCCAACAAGAAUAACUGUCUGACGAAAAAGCGUAUAUAUCCAAUGUAAACUCGUUAUUACGAGUGGUCUCCCAUCUGUUACGAGACCAACGGAAACGACUAGGGAUAGACCACUACGUGCCCAACAACGUAUUUACUUUGACGUCAUAUGGUGUACGGAAAUGCUGCGGCAAAAAGGCGAUCUUAGAACUACUAGAUUUUUAAACGAUUCUCAAGCUUCGCCAUCUGUUGAUUUUGACAUGGACGGGUUUGCAAAUACUUACGAAAGGGAUGCAGAGUUUGCUGUAGUAACCUUGUCCCCAAGUACUGCCCAUUUCACUGCAACGGAAAAUUCCACUCCAAGUUCAGAUACACAAUCAACAAACGUAUUCAUUAUGCCAUCUGCUGGAGAAACAUCUCCUUUAAAGGAAACAACAAAUGAUCCAUUUUCAAGACCCAGAUGGAUGCGAAAUAUUGAUGGAUUUUGUAUGAUCAUUAUCAGCAUGGUAGUGUUUUCAAUCAGUAUAACUGUUGCUCUAAUUAUUCAAAUAUACACAGGCAAGCCCCAGAUAAUUCCAACUGGUGGAGUGAUGUCAAGUGAUCCAUACUGCACCAAGAUUGGCUUAGAUUUGCUUCAAAACGAUGGUGGUUCAUCAGCAGAUGCAGCUGUAUUGACAGCGCUUUGUUUAACAGUAACUCAUCCACAUGCUGCCAGCAUCGGAGGAGGAGGUUUUGCUCUCGUACACCAGCAGAAGUUGGUGAAAGGGGCAACAAAAAUGUUUAACUUCCGUGAGGUUGGUCCUUCAUAUUUCAGCAACUCAUCCAAUGUUAAUUCGAUGUUCAAUGGAAAGCCGAUCUCAGAAGUGGCGCCUCAAAUGAGCAUCGCUGUUCCAGGGUUUAUUUUAGGAUUGCAAAAGUUACACGAGACUCAUGGAAAACUUCCAUGGUCCAAUGUUGUGAGUAGGAUUGCUGUGAUUGCUAGAAAUGGAAUCAAAGUUUCUCCUGAAUUAUCUGAUGCAAUUCAAAAACUAAACUUGACAACUAUUCCCCAACCUCUAAGAGAUUUAAUUACCAAAAGUGAUAACUCAACAAAAUUAAAACAAGGAGAUCUUUUUACACAGCCACAGCUGGCUAAUACUUUAGAGGCAAUAAGCACUGAAGGUGCUCGAGCUUUAUACACUGGCGCAUUAAGUGGUCAGUUUCUUGGUGAAACUGCAGAAUUGGGAAGUGUCUUGUCUAAAUAUGAUUUGAAUUCCUAUGCUGUUAAUGUUACAUAUGGGAUAAACACAGCCAAGUACAAAGACAUGGCUCUGGUAACUGGUGAAUAUCCCUCAUCUGGUUAUGCAUUACAUGCAGCAGUUGAUACAAUGUUGGGGUAUCCAACCAUCAAUCCCAAUUCUUCCCCACAAGAUUCUUUCUUGCAAGACCAUAGAUUGAUAGAAGCUUUAAAAUACAGCUACGCCCAAUUGAGUACGCCCAUCAAUUCAACCUAUCUACACCAAGUGAAUGGUACAAACAUUGGCGCUUAUAUUCGCUCUCUAAUCAACGAUACACAUUCCUACCCUAUGCAUCACUACCUCAAUGGUGUGCAACUACUUACCACCAGCGGAGGGCAGCAACAUGUUUGUGUGAUUGGGCCCGAUGACAUCAUAAUCACUAUUACAAUGAGUUUAGGUUCAAACUUUGGUUCAAAGUUGAUGGCAUCUGGUUUUAUAUUAAACAAUGCAAUGCUUGAUUUUAGUUGGGAAGGUAAAGUUCAAAGUUCUCUUCAAGUUCCAAUGGCAAAUUAUGUACGAGGUGGUGCUCAACCUGUGUCUUCACUUAUUCCAGCUAUCGUAAUUCCUUCACUUUCAAAGUGUGGUGAAUACCUCAUGCCCGCUGCCAGGUCUCGGUCUAUGAGUGUGUCAGGCAUUGCUCAAGUUUUAAUGAGAAAGGCAUCAAAUUUAGGCAUCAAAGACAGCAUUGCUUUCAAACGGUUUAACCAAGUCAUGUCAACCAAUGUGGUUCAACUUGAAGAUAACCAACCAACUGGAUUAGCCCAAUACUUACGACAGAGACAGAGGUCACACGGUUUCUAUUCUGCCAAAUAAUCAAACUCUUGGUGUGAUUAACUUUAUGAUUUGGAAGGCAAACUUAGUAAAGUUUAUUCAAGAUCCACGAGAUACCAAAAGCAAGCCUGGCUUAACAUAUUAACUGAUAUUCAUAUUGUUAACAUUUUAUAUCACUUUAGAUUUUUAGAAUGUUGGUUGAGAGUAACUUGUUGUAUACUUAAAAUCAUUCAACAAUUUUGUUGAUUAUAUUUAUCACAAUAUAUGUGUUCCUAUAAUGAGACAAACUAUCUAACUGUACUUGCAUAUUUAAUAUUAUACAUUUCGUUUGCACCAAGCCAAAAGAUACGAACUUUUUGUUUUACCUAUCCUGCACAUAUACUCAUUAUGGACCAAAGUUAUAUAUCAUGUUAUAUUAAUUUAUACAUCAAAUUUGUUUAAUACCCGCUAAGACUAGAUGUGCAAUAUAUUCAAUAUUUGAUCAAUUAGAAGUCCUCAUAUGUGUAGUUAAAUUUUCCAAUGAAAGAUAUUAAAUGUUGUUGUUUCAUGAAUUUAUUUAUCCUUGCUUUGCAUGCACUUGAUCGUACUGAUACAUUGUUGUACUAAUUGCACAAGAUAUUAGUGGUAGGUUGUUGUUUUGUGAAUAAAGAACAUUAUUUAAUGUU